GCUUUAACUCAGCAGGCUAACACUGUUGUUCCCAUGCAGCUGGCCGACAGUAACAUUGACAAGAUGAUCACUGAUGAGAUUGAAUACUACAAGAAGGUGUGUGCCGCAGAGGCUGCCCUGGGAGAUUACAACUUUGAGAAGAGGUGAGGGGUCAUGCUCUCACACAGAUAGGUCAAAGGUCAUGAAAGGUCAAAGUAAAUGUCCUUCAUGUGGUAUGCGAUCAUUAACGUCACAUUUAGUCCUAACAACUUACCGACAGAUGUUGUUAUGGGUAAAUUGAUGGUUAUUUUUAAUGGUUUAUUAAUAAUUUAUGAAUGGUUAAUUCAUAUUUAAUACAUAGCUCAUGGUUCAUUAACGUGAACUUCCUCCUCCUCCUCCUCCUCCUCCUCCUCUUCCUCCUGCUCCUCCUUCUCCAGUAUGAUGGUGUACUACACCAGGAUAAUGCCCCAGGCCUCCUUCGUCCAGCUUCACAUUGUGUCUGAGACCGUGGCUGAUGUCUUCCAUGGCUGCUGCAAGGACCAGCCAGGCCACUUAGUCUUGCCCUGCGCAGAGGAGAAGGUCUGACACACACACACACACACACACGUACACAAGCACACACACACACACACGUACACAAGCACACACACACACACCGAGGUAUGAUACUCACACAUACACAGACAUCCAUAUAUCGCUGAGUCUACUUCUAAAUAGAGGUAAUAAUCAAAUAAUAAUGGAUCUCUCCCUUCCUUUGUCCUCUCCACAGUUGACCAACAUGCUCGACACCACAUGCAACGACUACUCCAGCAUUAACCCCCGCAUCGCCCACUGCUGCAACCAGUCCUACUCCAUGAGGAGACCCUGUAUCCUGGCCAUCCAGCCUGACACGGAGUUCACGCCCCCGGAGCUGGAUGCCAACAACAUCCACAUGGGCCCAGAGGUCUGCACCAAGAACAGCAAAGACCUCCUGCUAUCCGGGAAGAAGUGAGUGAGAUAUACUACCAACGCACGGUGUAUAAGAACGUGGCCAACGAAUUCACACACGCACACACACACACACGCACACACACCACACACACACACACACGCACACACACGCGUGUAGGCACGAACACCCGUACUCUAACUCGCUGGUUUACAAACAUCAUGUUUGUGUGUGCUUGUCCUCAGGCUGCUGUAUGGUCUGGUGAGACAUAAGACCACCAUCACUGAGGAGCAGCUGAAGACCAUCUCUGCUAACUAUUACACCCAUGAAGGAGAAGUGCUGUGGUGCUGAGGACAAAGCAGCCUGCUUCACUGAAGCGGUAACCCACACCACUCAAUACUGAGGAAAUGUUGAAUCAUUUUAUCUUUUAAUCUGUAUAGUCAAAUGCCUGGUAAGGGGGUGCUAGGACGAAGACAAUUUGUAGAAAUUAAAGUAAAGACAGAAUUGGGAUCGUGUGUGUGUUGUAAUUUUCUUUCACUUUGGGGAAAUAGCCUAUUUUUUUGGCCUAUUUACGUAGAUUUAAGGCAAACACAAUUGUAAUAACUGAUGUCAUGUUUUGUUUUUCUCCUACAGGGCGCCAGGCUGCUAGCUGAGAGUGCAGAGCUGGUCAAGGUUUAA